AUGCUGCUGAAUGAAGACUCAGAUGUUUAUUGUGAAUUCAGUGAAGGAGAGAGGAGUGAGUUUGUGUUCCUCUUGUUUAGUCACCUGUGCCUGGGUGGUCAACUGUGCCAGUAUGAAGACAAUGUCCAGCCAUAUCUGGACGUCACCAAGGCUAUUUAUAAAGAUCUCAUCAG